GUUUCGUGCGAUAUCUCUUUGUAGAAUAACAAUAUCUUUGAUAUGUUGCGUUCAACCGUUGCAACCGUUAUCAACCCUUAAUGAUUACUAUCGUCGAUAUACCGAGUUGCAUUUUUCAAUUUCCUACUAGACAUACAUGUAAACGUAGAAUGUGGAAUGCGGCUCCACGGAAUGUAGAUGCCACAUUCGCUCUCAUGGUGAGUUAAAAAUUGAAUAAUCUGGUUUUUUAUCUUGAAUCUUGAAAAGAUAAUAUCUUCGGCGUGUCAAAUCCACAAAUACUACCAUUGUGAUUUUACGCGAGCCAGCAAGUUGUGAGUACUCGAAAUUAUUGGAUUUCAUUAAUGGCUGAAUCGAAUCAAGUUCUAAGUAGGUAGCUCAAUUGAAUUUGGAUACGAGUUGCAUAAUAAAAGUGAUUUUAUUUUUUUUUCUACGUGUUUUACGAGUAGAGAUAUUAAGAAUCAAAGUCCAAUUCGGAUUUUCACUAAGAAAUGUUAUCGUCGUCGCCCUUGUACGGUUGUAAAAUAUAGUGAUAAGAUUAUUUGCGAUGUUCUGAGGAUAACACUCAUUUUAUAAUUGUGAGUAUAUAAACGCAACGUUUAUAUUAAAAGAGGAAGAUUGGAAAGCCUAUUAGAUCAGUGAACGCAUGCAGUUAAUUAUCGAGCUAGCAUUUUAAGUUAUUAAAUGUAAAUAUUUUUUUUUAAUCUUCAUGUUAUAUGAUUACAUGAUAUUGCAUGAUAUGUGUGUUAUAUCAAUUCUGUAUGUGCAACAUAUUUAUUGAGCUAUUUUUAAAGAAAUAAAAUUUAUGUAUCUACACAUGCGCGAAGGAUAAUAGUUUUAAUAACGACGUAUUCAAAUAAAGAUACUUUCUGCAAAUUGUUUAUAAUUAUCUAAACUUAUGUGCUAAUGAUGCCAAAAAAAUGGUGUUUGGUCAAAAGGAUAAUCAAUCUGCAAUAGUGGGAUUUUUUACGAAAACAUAUCAAAACAAUAAUCUGCAGAUCAGUACAUCAGAAUCAGUGACAUGUGAGAAAGUUGAUUUAAAUAAUGAAUUAUCAAAUAAUUCAUGUUUUAAUAAACAAGAAAGGAUAGCUGAAGACUUGUCAACAACAGAUGUCAUAAAUCUUGAUGAUUCAGAUAGUUCAGAUACAUGCGAAAAGCUGAAGACAUGUCCAAAGACACUUAGUUACACAAUGACGUCACAUCACGUUAAAGGUUCAAUAGAGAGAAAAGAAAUAUCUGAAAAAAAAUCGGAUCUUUCAAAUUUAUCACAAAAGAGUGAUGAUUAUGUAAAAAGUUCUGUGUCUUUUAACAGUGAGGAAGAUAAGAAAUAUAUUCUUAAAAAAUAUUUACAUCAAAUAAAAAAAAUAGAAUAUCCAAAUGAAGUAUCAGUAGAAAAAAGUGGAAGGAAACAAACUAUUGUUCCACAAACUAAUUAUUACAAUAAAUGUGAUAAUAAAUAUUUGCCUUUUACCAGUACAACAUCAUUAGAAGAAAACAAAGAAAAAUUUAACGAGAUCAAUGACAUAAUAUCUAAAAACACAGAAAAUAAACAUUUAGGGACUCCUAAAAAACGUAAUAUAAUAUCUAACAAACAAGAAAAAAAUACUAUAAUUUCAGAUUCUCUAAUUCAAACCGAUAGCUCUAAUUCAAAAUGCAAUAGCCACGGAUUACCAAGAGGAAAUUGGCUUGGUCCUGAUGUUAAUUUGAAUUUGAAAGAUUUAGGUUUAAAUAAACUGCUAGGUUCGUGGAUUGAAUUUGUUCAAAAGAAAUCAGUAAUGUCUACAAUACCCGUUACAAAAGAUAAGUUGCUUGAAAGGCACAAAGAUUUACAAGAACUUCAAAUUAAAGUUCUCGACAAAUUUUGUAUUGCACUUGAGUUGAUUCCAUUACCAGUACUGGAACAAUUCCCGAAGUUUGAUUCAAACUCUUUCAAAAAGUUGCAAAGCUUGCUUCGACAUAUAAAAGCUAAAUUACGUUUAAUACAAACAACAUUAUCAAAGUUACAAGAGGAAGAAAAUACUAUUUCUGAGUCUCUAGAAACACUUAGAUCCACAUCAUCAAAAUCAAUUGAAAUACCAAUUUCAUGUGUGUCUGAAAGUCGUCUGACGAAUAACUAUGACACUUUUGACACACCAAGUACCUUAGUAUCUGAGAUGGACUUUCAUCAAGAGAUAGCAAAUAUAAUAGAAUCAUCGUAUACAAACACAAAGGAAAGCGAUAAUAACUUGGAAGCUAUAUCAGUAAUUAAACAACCUGAAGCCAUAGUUCCAAAUAAAAAGAGCACUUUUCAAUUAAAAAUUCCUGCAAUUCAAUUAAAAAGACCUGUUAAAACAGUAUUAGAUACUGAAACAGCAAAAAUGUGGGAGAUGAAUCAAAAAAUACCUAAGACAAUGAAUUCCUCACUAGAUUCUAAAUGCGUUUCCAUAAAGGAUACGUUUAACAGCAAUAUUAAGACAUCACUAAGCAAUGAAAAAUAUAUUAUGCAAAAUUCAAAUAACAAGAUUAAUAUAAAUAAAUCUCAAGAUUGGCCUCAGAAUAAUAUGACGCAGAAUAAGCAAUACAAUGAUAAAACAAAAUUAAAAUCUGAAAAAGAUAGUAUGGAAUAUGAAAAAUUCACUGGUAAUUAUAAAAACGAUGGUGUUAGUGGAGAAUUUGAUGGUAUAACAUAUCCACAUUCGCAAGAAAUGUUAAAGAUAUUUCGGCAAAGAUUUGGUUUAUAUACUUUUAGACCAAGUCAAUUGCAAGCUAUUAAUGCAACACUUUUGGGAUUUGAUUGUUUUGUUUUAAUGCCAACUGGAGGCGGAAAGUCUCUUUGUUAUCAAUUGCCUGCACUUUUAAGUACUGGCUUAACAGUCGUUAUCUCACCAUUAAAAAGUCUUAUUUUAGAUCAAGUUCAGAAACUUGACUCCCUUGAUAUUCCUGUGGCUCAUUUAUCCAGUUCUAUAACAGAUAGUCAAGCGGAAGCGAUAUAUAGAGAACUUUUCAAAAAGGAACCUACUCUCAAGAUAUUAUAUGUAACGCCAGAGAAAAUUUCCGCCUCGCAAAAAUUCUGUAACGCUCUAACUAUAUUACACGAGAGAAAAUUAUUGGCGAGAUUUGUUAUCGAUGAAGCACAUUGCGUUAGUCAAUGGGGUCAUGAUUUUAGACCAGACUAUAAGAAGCUAAGACGUCUGAGGGACAAUUACCCUAAAGUUCCAACAAUGGCAUUAACCGCAACGGCUACACCGCGUGUCAGAACAGAUAUUUUGCAUCAGUUGGGUCUAACUAAUCCAAAAUGGUAUGUUUAG